CUGGGGACGAUAUGCAUCGACAGGGCUCCGGAGGUCGGGGGAACGUGGAACUGGAAUCGCUACCCGGGCGCCAUGAGUGAUACUGAGAGCUAUCUCUAUCGCUAUUCGUGGGACAAAGAGGACUUGCGCACCUACCCCUGGCAGACACGGUAUCUUUACCAACCGGAAAUCCUCAAAUACCUCAAUCACAUCGUGGACAGGUACGGCCUACGCAAGCUGUUCCAACUGGGGGUCAUUGGAAAUGGAUCGACUGGCAUCCAGGUCAUGACCGCUCUCGCUCCAAAGGUGAAGAGGCUUAUCUCAUUCCAGAGAAGUCCCCAGUACUCAGUUCCGAGCGGCCAAGGACCUGUUUCCAAAGAGUACAGAGACUGGCUCAAUAAGAAUUACGACAGCAUCUACGACGAUGUCUGGAAGUCUCAACAUGGCCAUGGGAUAUCUGAGGUCACCCGGCCUACCAUGUCUGUAUCCGCGGACGAGAGACAUCCUGGGCUCUAAAAUAGUUUAGAACCAAGUCCUUUUGCGGC